UACAAAGUAACCGAACACUUCACUUUGAACCGCAACCAUUGGCGCGCGGGCGUGGUUUGGAUGACGUUUUUCAGCAACAAGCAAGUGUGCAUGUGGGAUGGAGGGUACAAGUCGUCUCGUCACGAACCUGCUUCCGAUGCGACCAUGGGCUAUAGCGGCGCGACUGCCGCUGUCCUUCACGACACGACGUUGGUAGUGGGCGGACGAGACCAGUUGGGGGAAACCCUACACGAAAAGUCGCUAGUCAUUUUGUUUGGGUUGAAGCAAGAGCGCAUUUUGAACGACUACGACGUGAUGGGGACCAUCUCUCGACGAAUUGGCCACGCAGUAGGGGCGUUGCCGUCGAAUGCUGCGUGGUUUGUCUUUGGGGGGGAACUGUUAGCGGACCUAGACGGCGGGGGUGGACUGUUCCAGCCUUUGGGGGACCUACAUCGAGUCACCUAUGCCAACCACGUUGUUCGAAUCGAACGAAUGCAACUCAAGGAAGGACCCACAGCGCGAUCGUGGCACACGCUGACCACGAUCCGCUACCGGCCCCCACCCGACGCCCCCCAAGCCCUCAAGGGCAAACAAACCACUCAACCAACCAUUCAAGUGUCCGAACUGGAUGAUGCGCUGCUUCUCCUCGGCGGAAAAGACGGUGGCAAAGACGUGUGGGUGUUCCAUUACGACAAACUUCCCCAGCCUGAUGACGGAGACACAACGAGUGACGUGGAGCCCACCCGUGCCCCCAAGUGGUCCAAAUUGCAGACGGACGGGGCAUCGCCAUUACCACUGGCAUACCACACCUGCCACGCCCUUGGCGAAGGCACCAAAGUGGUCGUGGUCGGCGGCGUGCACCUCGGGGAGUUCGUGGACACCGUGUCUAUCUUGGACGUGCUUACCGGUAUGUGGAGCACACUUGCGCAAUCACCGUCGCUGCAACGAAGCUGCCACGUCAUGGCCUUGGUGCAUGUCCCCACUGGAAUCAAAUCGAACACUGAUGAUGGCAAAGCCGCACCAGAUGACCAUCGUAUUUCGUUGCUCUUUCCACGUUGCCCAGUACUGCCAGGCCCUGCAUCGAACAACAACGAGAGUACGCCUCCUUCGGCCUUCAGGCACGGCCUGGACUGCUUUUUGAUCUUUGGUGGAAUCACCCCCGACGCCAUCGCCCCUCUGGAUGGUUUUGUCGUGAUCGAUCCGAUCGGCGGGACCGUGGCCCAAGUCGACGAUGGGCACUUGGGUAUCCCAAGCCACAUGGGCCACGCGAUUGCCACGUCAUCCGACCGACGCAAACUGUUUGUGUUUGGGGGGACCCAUGCGUCCACUCACGCGUGGCUUGACACGAUGUCGUGCGUGGAUUUUUGGACGUACCAGCACGACCCCCUCCCCCCGCCCCCCCUGGAACGCAUCCGCACUGUCGAAUACCCCAAUGGGGAUGUUUACUUGGGCGAACUCGAUGCCGCCAACCUUCGCCAUGGGCUCGGGCGGUGCGAUUAUGCUACGGGGGAUGUCUACGAAGGCCAUUGGGUGGAGGAUGCGUGGGCUGGUGAUGGCCGGUGGGAGUCGACUGGUGGGGAUAUGUAUGUGGGUAGCUUUCAAGGCAACGAACGGCAUGGAAGGGGGCUUUGGACGUGCAGUCCUAAAGCGAUGAACGUGUCUACUAUUACUCCUACUCCUCGUCUCAUCGAGAUCUCAUACGACGGGCCUUGGGAGCGCGGCCUUCGGCAUGGUAGUGACGGCGUCGUGACGUACUCGAACGACGCCAAGUUGAAAGGCGCAUGGGUGGACAAUGUCUUGCAAUCGUCGACGAUUGUGAUCGAGUCGUAUGUGGAUCGCGACGGAAAGAUCGUCGGCCUGUACGAAGGAGCGGUUGACGACAGCGCGUUGCAUGCGCCGCAUGGUCCAGGUCGUUUUGAAUCCCAGGGGUACCCCAAAGCUGGUGAAAUGUUCUCUGGUAGCUGGAUGCACGGCAAACGAGAUGGGUACGUGCUUCAUGGGGAUGAAGGACUGCAUCACAAGACGAUCCUGUAGGCAAGGCAUGUGCAUGGCAUUCGACGGGACUGUGUACAUGGGGGAGUGGAAGAACGGGAAGCGCAAUGGCAUUGGCACGUGUGACUAUGCCAAGACACGCGAUCGAUAUGAAGGCAAAUGGGUGGGGGACGUGCGCUGUGGCCUUGGUACGUUCGUUAUUGUUUGCUCGACACGGAAUGCUCCAGUUGUCAUGACGAACGUGGACAGGAACAUGCACCUAUGCGGCGGGGUUUGUAUACGAAGGGCAGUGGGCGCUUGACAAACGCCAUGGGACUGGCAGAUGCACCUACAAGGAUGGGACGUUCUACGAAGGCCAGUGGGAGAACGACGAGUUCUGCGGCGAUGGCGCGUUGAUCUUGCCGUCCACUUGACCUGACUGUCCCAAAUCCAGUGCCUAAACACGCACAACCGUCGGGGCAUGUUUUGUCAAUUAUUCCUGUAUUUGAAUUUAAUACAAAAAUUAAGAUUAGCUCCUUGA